AUGCAGCAUAUUAUGCCACCGAAACUAUCUCAUUAUACCAUCACCCUAAUCCUGGUCAAUACGGCUAUUGCUAAGUCAACCCGCCCCAUCUCCGGGCCGAGUGGCAGUCAAAGAGUAGCACAGGCUGCGUACAAUCGUGCAUACCAGGCGAGUAUGUUUGCCCGGGUUACAUGCUAUCCGCCCGUGGGACAAGUUACUUGUCCCAAGAGGAUUCAAAGGGCCUUGGAAUCCGACAAGGCUGAUACGCUUCGAUUCGUUGUAGUGAUAGAGUCGAGCUGUGCAUUCCCAAAGCAAUGUUGGGAAGCCGACAUUUGGCAUAACAUCGUGGGCGUCGAAUGGAGUGCCCUUCCGCUGGAACAGCACCAUGGCCACAUAGCACCGCUUAUGAAUGGCGAGGAGUCUACUUACCAGUAUUAUCGUCAUGUUUUCUUCAGUGAACUUGCCCUUCCUAACCAUGGAGGUCGUGCUCAGUUUACUGUGCGCUUCCGGCCCGGUCCUAAUGGAGAUUGGCAGUGGCUCAAUGAACAGCAGCACGUGGGCAACGGGGAGCUGGUCUUCGCUCCCAGAACCGCUAUGCAGGAUUAUAGCGGCUCGAUUGAGAUUGGUGUGAUCUCGGCAAAAGACCAUUUUGGUGUCUUUUUCGAGCGCUUGUCGUCCGAAAUAGAUGUUGAACCACGCAAGAGUGAAUCACCGGGGUCGUCUUUGUGGCACCUUUCUGGGGAGGUUAAUCCUGCCCAACAAGAACAGUCAGGACAUAGAUCCCUAAUUCUGGGGAUACCCUCUUCGAUGGUCCGGUAUUUUGCCUUAGUGCGGGUAUGGACACCGUGGCUGGGACCCAGACAUGGCGGCAGCAAGUUUAAAUUAUCUGAGGAUGCGAUCUUGCUUUCGUUUCUUCGAGAGGAUGGAAUCCAUGUAGUUCUUCUGGCAGUUUCGGGAAUAGCCAACGUUCUAACACUGCUUUGUUCCGGAGAAGACGGAGAGGUGAUUAUUAAGUCGCAGAGUGAUGCCACCAAUGUUUCUAGGUUUCAGGUUCUAGUUGCGGCAGCAAAUGAUUUCGACGUGGCCAUGAGUUCUGUGAUGUAUGAAGCACGGAAGGUCGUUCGGCCGUAUAGCGAGGAUGUAGCCUCUGCUCGGGUUCCAACUCCCGUUUCACCCCCUGGGGAUGAUUCCGUGAUGGUCGAGAAGGACGACGCACAGAUACAGUGGCUAGCGAAUUGGUACGACGGCUUGACGUACUGCACUUGGAAUGGGCUGGGACAGAAAUUGACCGAGAAAAAGAUCCUGAAAGCUCUGGAAACGCUCAAGUCCUAUGGUAUUGAGGUCUCCAAUCUGAUUAUUGACGACAAUUGGCAAGCGUUAGACAACGAAGGCGAACCCCAGUUGAAGCGGGGAUGGAAACAGUUUGAUGCAAAUCCAGAUGGAUUCCCGCGGGGGCUAAAGCAGACGAUUAAUACUAUCCGCCGAAGUAACCCAACGAUUGAGCACAUUGGUGUAUGGCAUGCCCUGUGUGGAUAUUGGGGCGGCAUUGCGCCAGACAGCGAACUGGCUACAAAGUACAAGACUAAAGAAGUGAAGAUACGAUACCCAGCAGCCAGUGGACCCAUUGGCCAUGCGUCUGAAAGGGAGUCUCUUUUGGUCAUUGACCCUGACGAUAUCCAGCGUUUUUACAAUGACUUCUAUAGCUUUCUCACAUCGGCCGGGGUGGACUCCGUCAAAACGGACGCACAGUUUUUCCUUGAUCUCCUGGCGGAUCCAGAGGAUCGAAGAAGAUUCAUACCCGCAUACCAGGAUGCAUGGUCUAUUGCCUCGCUGAGAUACCUCAGCACCAGAGUUACGUCGUGCAUGUCGCUGUUUCCUCAAGCAGUAUUUCACUCCCAACUUCCAACCAACAAACCCAUCAUACCGCUACGAAAUUCAGACGAUUUCUUCCCAGAGAUCCCCGAAUCCCAUCCCUGGCAUGUUUUCUGCAAUGCUCACAAUGCUCUAUUCACCCGCUAUCUGAACGUCCUACCGGACUGGGACAUGUUCCAGACUAGCCACCCGUACGCCACUUUUCAUGCGGCGGCACGCUGCAUCUCCGGUGGCCCAAUCUAUAUCACCGACGAGCCCGGAAAGCACAAUACCUCUCUCCUCAGCGAGGUGACCGCCCCGACCGUUCACGGGAAUACCGUGAUCCUGCGGCCCGAUCUAGUCGGCCGCACGAUUGACACAUACAACGGCUACCACGAGGGCCACGUCUUGCGCGUGGGAACAUACACCGGAUGGGCACGAACCGGAAGUGGCAUUCUCGGCCUGUUCAACAUAUCCGCUUCACCCAAGUCGAGCCUCGUAUCCCUGCUAGAUUUCCCGGGCAUCCACAACGACUACAAUGGACAAUACGUUGUUCGCUCGCAUACAAGUGGCAAGAUCACGGACCCCAUGCGCCCAAAGGAUGCAAAUUCCGUUGUAGCUGUGAAUCUAGGCCCGAAAGGUUGGGAAAUCCUUACAGCGUAUCCUGUCCGCAGCUUUACCCUGCCAGAAAACAAGGACAGAAAUGAAAAACAAACCCACGUGGCGGUCCUCGGUCUAGUGGGCCAAAUGACUGGCGCAGCGGCGCUCACCAGCUCAGACGUGUACAUCCAAACGAACGGCCGUCUCCGCAUCGACGUGAGUCUGAAAGCACUCGGGACGUUGGGAAUAUACCUUUCCAAUUUGGGGCAGCAGAACAUCGCAGAGAACUUGAUGAUCACGAUCCUGGAACAGCCGAUCCCGCAGAAGAUGGUAUGGAUGGAAGAAGGCGAGAAUGCCAGGGUCCUCUCGGUGGACGUUCUGUCCGCAUGGAAGAUCAUGGGGUUGGAGGCAGGCUGGAGUAAUGAAGUUCUUAUACAGAUAUUUGUUGGGUGA